CGGCAGUAUAUUUACAGCAUGCAACCGAACCAUCCGGUUCAGUUGACGGUUGGAUGCUGCGGCGAACAGACACCGAUUCGGUAUAGAGGAGUGACUUCAUCAAGUGGCACAGUUGUGUGGGAUUGUAAGAACAGCUGCUCUGGAACCAGCUGUUAUCGGUUUCAUCUGGUUCAGUGGAAUCAAUCAUCGACCACCCGGGUUCUUUUAAAGGGGAUAGACCCAGGUCGGCGAAGCAAACUCAUGACCGGAUGCAACAGUUGAACAGUCAAGUGAACAGGGGGUGCACUUAUCGUCGAUUCUCUUUUGUGCGAUCGUUCGCUCGUUCGUGAGUUCGUCGGUUCGCGUCCUCUUCAAAGAUCAAAGCCCGUGUUUGAAUGGGCGCGUUUCGGGUGUUUAUCCGUCGAUUGAGUAUGCAUUCGCGAGUGUAGUCAAACAAUGCCGGGGUGAUUCGUUGUGCUGCUAUUGUACUCCGGUGUAGUGGUACCCGGUUCAGAAGAUUGUGAGCGAUUUGGGUGCAAGUGCGCUUGAAGGUUCAACCAAAAGAGGAAACAUUAGCGCUCUCUUUUAUCUUGCGGCGCGGCGAUUGGCGACAAAAGACGACAAGUGUCGUAUGCUUCUUCUGUUUGGGCGAAGAUAGUGCCAUGACUGGUGUCUGUGAUUGACGUCAAUAAAGGAUUGGAGCACUUUUAUAUGAUUUCAAAAAGGAAAAGAUGCUUCGUGCGAAAAAAAUGGUGACAAUUGAAAACUUGGAUCGUCCUGAUCUGAUUCUGUUCGGAAUGGUGAAGGAGGGAGACAAGAUAGAUAAAUUGAAUCCUAGUGUGAAGAUAUGGUGAAAUUGUUUCGUAUAGGACGGUGCCAGAGCACCAUAGGUGUGUGAAUGUGGUUAAGUGGAAACAAGAGAUUUCCAGAGAAAGAAGAAAGUUUAAAUUUGAAAUGGAGCUGUACAGAGGGAGGUGCUAUCACCCAGAGUGAAUUUAAUUUAUAAGGCUUAAGGCCGUAAAAUUUAAAAUGUGUUGUGGGCGCUAAAAGUGGUUGUGUGAAUAUGUGUUGGUGGUUCUUUUUUGAAACGAUAAGACUAAGGAAUUUCCACAUGCCCGACGACGUAGAGCCGGCAAAGGUGUGAAAAGACGCUGACGCUCGGCAUCGUCCAGAGCAAACAUCCCGGUGUCCAGUCCUGCCACCAAAAGUUUUUACGACUUCCGGUUUCCUCUGCCAGUUUUGACUCUACCCCAAGAGCAAGCGGGCAAUAAAAAGUGUCAUAAAUCAUCGGGAAAUUGCAUUUCCAGUGCAUCCGUGUGGUCCCGUCCACCUGGCCAAUUAGAGCUCCGCAUAGCUAAUCGCUUUUUCGAGCCCCCGUUCUCCGGAGACCCAAUGUAACCCUCUCGAGGACCCGGGUCCUCGAGCAAGUGAAAAGCGAGACCAGUAGAAGAAAAAAAAAACAGAAAGUCCAAAAAGCACGAGCCGUAAAAUGUCCCACCAUCGCCGAGGGCCCGUGCAAUUCCCGAGCGAACCGAGCAGCGGCCGGCUUCCAAAAUGAUGACCGAUAUCAGCGUCAUCCAUGUGGCCAACAUCAGCAGGUUGCUCAUCCUGUCGACUCAGCAGCCGACAACGUCGACAACGGCGGCAGCAGCAGCAGCAGCAGCGACCACGACGACAACGACAACAACGACUACGACCAUCACCACGACAACCAUUAGUGGGGGGGCUUCGACGGGGGCUGCUGGGGGUGGUCUUUCGAUGGUGGUGGAUGGUGGUAGUGAUGGUGCGGGAGGAGGAGGAGGAGGAGGGGGAGGUACAGGGGGUGGCGGCGGUGGAACUAGCAGUACUAUUAUCAUUACCAGUGCGACCGAAGUGUUCGGGGGGCUUCCGGUGGGAGGGAGCUUCGAGGGGGAUCCGGUGCCGGUGUCGGUUCCGGAGCUGAUGGAGCCAUGGGCGUACAUUGCUUCCGCUGUGACGCUGUUUUUCAUCGGAUUCUUCGGGUUCUUCCUGAAUCUGUUUGUGAUUGCGCUGAUGUGCAAGGAUGUGCAGCUCUGGACCCCCAUGAACAUCAUUCUGUUCAACCUGGUGUGCUCGGACUUUUCCGUGUCGAUCAUUGGCAAUCCGUUCACACUAACAUCGGCCAUUUCGCGCCAUUGGAUAUUUGGCCGAACGGUGUGCAUUGCCUAUGGAUUCUUCAUGUCUUUGUUAGGAAUAACGUCCAUCACGACGCUGACGGUGCUCUCGUACGAGCGAUUCUGCCUCAUCAGCUAUCCGUUCUCGUCGCGGAGCCUCAGCCGGCGCGGGGCCAUCUUUUCCAUCCUGUUCAUCUGGAGCUACUCGUUUGCCUUAACUUCGCCGCCGCUGUUCGGGUGGGGGGCGUACGUCAACGAGGCGGCCAACAUCAGCUGUUCCGUCAACUGGGAGUCCCAAACGGUGAAUGCCACCUCCUACAUCAUAUUUCUGUUCGUGUUUGGGCUGGUCGUUCCGCUGGUGGUGAUUGUCUACAGCUAUACGAACAUCGUUGUUAAUAUGAAACGGAACGCAGCCCGCGUGGGUCGUAUCAACCGGGCGGAAAAGCGCGUCACCCGAAUGGUGUUCGUCAUGGUCCUGGCGUUCAUGAUCGCCUGGACACCGUACGCCGUGUUCGCGCUGAUCGAACAGUUCGGCCCCACGGACAUCAUCAGCCCGGCGUUGGGUGUUCUGCCGGCCCUCAUUGCCAAAUCGAGCAUCUGCUACAAUCCGAUCAUCUACGUCGGUAUGAACACCCAAUUCCGGGCGGCCUUCAACCGAGUGCGCAACAACGAAUCCCUGGACAAUAACACAACCACCAACCAGAAGGACAUCACCAUGAACACCAGCAAGGACAUCGUGGAGUGUAGCUUCGACUUCUGCCGCAAGAAGCGACUGAAAAUCAAACUGCAGUCCAGCAUCAAGAACAAGAACAACAAUAACAACUCGCGGCAACAGUCGCUGGCCGAUCCGAGCAGUACGACCAACGGCGAUCUGGAUCAGCCAAGUCCCGCCCAGGCGGUGGUCAACAGCGAAAGCACCACCCGGGAGUUCCCACGGCCAUUGGGCACCACUGCGGGGUCCAAAAAACGGCUGCGGUCCGAUUUUGAACUAUCUGUGAUCAGUAGCGGGAAGUCGAUUCUCAUCAAGUCGAACACAUUCCGGUCCAAUUUGGUGUAACGAAGGAAGGCAGGUGUAGAAGUAGCGCGCUGUAGUGUGUGGGCCUUAGUGGAGCUCAAGGGUGGGUCAUUUUGCGCGAAGUUCAUCACUUAUUAUUAGCAAAUACCUACUGUUUAUUCAGCGAAUAACUGAACAUAUUUCCAACCUAAAUAUUCUAAAGAAUGUGAAUAAUGAACUUGGAUUGAGGAAUGACUACAAACACUGUUAAUUUCAACCUGAAAUCAAUUUAAAUUCAAACAAGUUUAGAUACUUCGCAUGGAAUGACUCACACUAUGAGAUAAUUCAGGAACUAACAAGCUAAAAGUGUUCCCCAAGCGAGGGAAAACCGUCUGAUUCUAUUCUAAGAAUCCAGUAUAGUUCAAUAUUUCUGAGUAUAACGGUAUGGGAAAGGUAAUGAGAGCUACAAAAUAGUAUUCGGUUUCGGUUUGGAAAGGUCAUAGUGUGAAUUAUGAAUGAAAAAGAUAGUUCAAGUGAAAUGUUAUCACCGAGCACCCCAUACCCCAGCCAAUAAUCGGAUGUUUGUCAAACCUGAGUGACUCUGCAUAUGACUUUCUCGACGAGCAUAUUUAAAUUAAUAUGUACCUAAUAGGUACUACCUAUACUUCGCUACGUGAGUAGCGAUAACGGUGACGCAUUUGAUUACCAUUUCAUAGCUGGCAAAAUAGCGCCAGCACGCGCUAGGAAAAUAUGCAAACAUAUUCUCGGG